UACAUACGACCCUCCGAUUAUGGCUCCUCGCGCGAGCUCCCCGGCGGUCUCCGAGAACGAGUUCGACGUCUUCGACGCUCUCGCUGGCGGCGACGAUGUGCAGCAAGAGAUAGGAUUGACGCAAGACCUCGGAAUAGAUCUUGGUAUUGGCAGCGAAGAUGGAUCAGAUGAUGAGGCAUUUAUUGCUGCGAAGCAAGCCGCAUCGAACCGCAAAUCCUCCAACCUGGGUAAAUCGAUCAAGAAAGGCGGAGGCUUCCAGGCAAUGGGCUUGAACGCGGCCCUCCUGAAGGCUAUAGUGCAGAAGGGCUUCAAGAUACCGACCCCGAUCCAGCGCAAGGCUGUGCCGCUCAUGCUUCAAGGAGAUGAUGUCGUAGGCAUGGCCAGGACUGGAUCAGGCAAGACGGCUGCUUUCGUUAUUCCCAUGAUCCAAAAGCUCAAGGCACACUCUGCUAAGGUGGGCGCUCGUGGCAUCAUCAUGUCGCCAUCUCGAGAGCUUGCGCUGCAGACAUUGAAGGUAGUGAAGGAGUUUGGACGCGGGACAGAUCUGAGGACUAUACUGCUUGUCGGUGGUGACAGUCUUGAAGAACAAUUCAGCUCUAUGACAACGAAUCCAGAUAUCAUCAUCGCGACCCCUGGUCGAUUCCUCCAUUUGAAGGUCGAGAUGGGUCUCGACCUCUCCUCCGUGAGAUACAUAGUCUUUGACGAGGCAGACCGCCUGUUCGAAAUGGGGUUUGCAGCACAAUUAUCGGAAAUUCUACACGCUUUGCCCGCUUCAAGGCAGACGCUGUUGUUCAGUGCAACGUUACCGAAAUCACUCGUAGAAUUUGCAAGAGCUGGUUUGCAGGAGCCAAAGCUGAUACGUUUGGAUGCUGAGAGCAAGAUUUCACCGGAUCUAAAAAGUGCUUACUUUACCAUCAAAUCCGGGGAUCGAGAUGGAGCGCUGCUUCACCUUCUAGACAAUGUCAUCAAAGUGCCAGUGGGUGAGACUGAAGCAGCGAAGAAAGCCAAGGAAGACAUGGAGAAGACUAGCACUGGUAAGAAGCGGAAGCGUAGUGAUGGAUUUGUUAAAGAUGCUCCGAUUGCUGAGUCGACGAUCAUCUUUGCUGCAACGAAGCAUAGAGUGGAAUAUCUUGCUAGCUUACUUCGAGCUUCAGGUUAUGCCGUAUCUUAUGUGUACGGAAAUCUUGACCAAAUAGCCCGCAAAGAGCAGGUCCAGGACUUUCGUACUGGCAUGACACGAAUUCUCAUCGUCACCGACGUCGCUGCUCGCGGUGUGGACAUGCCUCAUAUCAAUCACGUCAUCAACUACGACUUCCCUUCACAGCCCAAAAUCUUUGUGCAUCGUGUGGGACGGACGGCUCGUGCUGGUCGGAAGGGUUGGUCGUACAGUCUGUGCAGACAUGUCGAUCUGCCGUACCUCAUCGAUCUACAGCUAUUCCUCGGGAAACGACUCUUAGUUGGCCGAGCCAACAGUGAACCUGACUACGCCGAGGAUUUUGUGGUCGGAAGUCUGGCCCCGUAUCAGCUAGAGUCAUCUGUUGAGGAAGUGAACAAGCAGCUAGUCAAUGACGAAGACUUGGCAUUGCUACUGAGUGUGGCUGAGAAGGGCGAGAAGCAGUAUCAGAGGACGCGGAACCAAGCCAGUGCUCAGAGCGUUCACCGGGCGAAAGAGUUAGCAGCGUCACCACAUUUUGCUGAGACUCACAUGCUGUUCAGCGACGACAAGCACAAUGCUCUGAGAGAGAAAGAGAAGAUGUUGGAGAGAAUUCAAUCAUUCAGACCGGCGGAGACAGUGUUUGAAAUUGGGAGACGUGGCACUGGCAGCGAAACAGCUGAGAUUAUGCGCAAGCGAAGAGAACAAGUCGGAAGACAGAAGAUGAAGCAACAGGCAAACAAGAUGGUCAACGAUCAGGUUAGCGAAAAGAAGACACCUGCAGACGAUGCGGACGAUAUCGACAUGGAAUCAGAUGACGACCACGAAGCUGCGAACGGCGCCUAUGAUUCGGAUUCCGACGAGCUGGAAGUAUCUGUUUCACAACCUAGCACAAAGAAGGCUACUCAAGAUAGCUGGCGGAACGAUGAUUUCUUCAUGUCUUAUCUACCCAAGGAGAAUAUGGCAGAAGAGAAGGCUUACGGCGUGCGUGGAGGUGACGCUGGCAACACGAACUUCGUAUCAGCGGCGCGAGCGGCAGAGAUGUCACUAGUCAACGACGAGCUUCAAGGCUUCGCUGACGAUAGCAAGCCUCGCAUGCGAUGGGACAAGAAGUCUAAGAAGUACGUCAACCGUACCAACGACGAGGAUGGUUCCAAGGGUGUAAAGAUGGUACGAGGCGAGAGCGGGCAAAAGAUUGCAGCCAGUUUCCGCAGCGGCCGCUUCGACGACUGGCGCAAAACUAACAAGGUCAAGAUGCCACGCGUGGGUGAGAUGGAAGCGCCUAAUCGCUCUGCAUCCCACAAUAACGCCCCUCGCUACAAGCACAAAGCGGAGAAGGCACCCAAGCAAGCUGACCGGUACCGCGACGACUACCAUGUUCAAAAGCAGAAGGUGGCCGAAGCGAAGGAGAAACGUAUCGGUGCAUUCAGGGAUGGUGGUGCCAAGAGCGAACUCAGGGAUGUGGAUACGGUGCGUAAGCAACGUAAGGUGCAAGAAAAUAAGAAGGCGAAGAAUGCUCGGCCGUCGAAGAAGCGCAAGUUUUGAUUUGUUUGUUCUAUACCUAGCACGGCAUGUAGCACUUUGCAUCAAUACAGGAGUGUAUAGGCGUGGGAGCCUACCCUCGGAGAGUUCGACUGAGUUGUCACUAGCACUGAAUGUCACUGAACGUCGUG